UGCCGCUGCCGCCAACCACCGCUGGAGUCAGAAGGCCAUGAAUGACACCUUCUACCUGAGCAACAUCGCGCCCCAGGUGCCACACCUCAACCAGAACGCCUGGAACAACCUGGAGAAGUACAGCCGCAGCUUGACCCGUACCUACCAGAACGUCUAUGUCUGCACCGGGCNGCUCUUCCUGCCCAGGACAGAGGCUGAUGGGAAGGCCUACGUGAAGUACCAAGUAAUUGGCAAGAACCACGUGGCGGUGCCCACACACUUCUUCAAGGUGCUGAUCCUGGAGGCAGCGGGCGGACAGAUCGAGCUGCGCUCCUACGUGAUGCCCAACGCACCCGUGGAUGAGGCCAUCCCACUGGAGCGCUUCCUGGUACCCAUCGAGAGCAUCGAGCGGGCCUCGGGGCUGCUCUUCGUGCCAAAUAUCCUGGCGCGGGCGGGCAGCCUCAAGGCCAUCACUGCGGGAAGCAAGUGAGGGCACAGCCCAGGGAGACCGUGGGUGGGGCUGGGCCACAUUAAAGCUGGCUUGUUUUGGA